UGCAUGCUGUUUGUGUUUCCAAAGGUCAACUCAAGUGUUGUCAUACACACCCAUUUUGUCAAGACUUAAUUUCUUACACGAGAACAACUUUGAGGACAUUUAACAGAAUAAUGCGACUAGUUUUGUUCGGGACGAUUUUACUGUCAAUAGCAGUCGCUUAUUACAGUUAUCUGCCUUUACCCAGCACUAUAUCAGAACCAUGGAAGUUAAUGUUUACAGAUGCAGUAAUACGCGCCAUAUUGGACGUGAGUUUUUUAGCUCAUGAUAUUGGACUGUGUCGUCACCCCUUUGGUUUUGUAAAAUACUUUAUGUCAGGGAAUGAGAUACACAGUCCACAAUCCAGCCCAGGCGUCCGAGUCACAGAUACGUCAUUUGCUGGAGUCGAGGCGCGAGUGUUUGAAUCCACUACAGAAGGCCCGCAGAAAGGUUUAAAAAGAGCAGUGGUUUAUUUUCAUGGAGGUGGAUGGGCACUUUCUAGUGCAAAGAUGCCAGCAUAUGACCUUCAGUGUAGGAAGAUGGCUGAAGAAUUGGAUGCAGUUGUUAUAUCUGUUGAGUACCGUCUGGCCCCGGAGGGACGAUUCCCUGAUCAGUACAACGAUGCUCUUCAGGCAUCAAAACAUAUCUUGACUGCGGAGGUGUUGGCUCAGUACUCUAUAGACCCAGAAAGAGUGGCUGUGUCAGGUGACAGCGCUGGGGGGAAUCUAGCUGCUGCUGUCAGCCAACAGUUGGCCGUAGAAGUAAGUGCUUCAAUUAAAUUUAAAGUUCAAGCCCUCAUCUACCCCGUGCUCCAGAUUCUGGACCUCAACACUCCCUCCCGCCAGCAAAAUCGCAAUAUGCCUAUCCUGAAGGGUACCCUCACGGCCCGCUUUGUACUAGAGUACCUUAACGGAUCUCAAGACCUUGUUCCCUCUUUGCUGGCUAACAAGCACUCAGCUCUGAAUCUGGGUCAGGAGGUAGAAGCCGCCAAAGCGAAGAUCAACUGGACCAAGCUUCUUCCGGUGGCCGUUCAAAAGAACUAUAAGCCAGUGGAGCCACUUCAGGGUGACCCAAAGCUGGAUGAGAUGCUGCCAGGGUUGCUGGAUGUAAGAGUAUCUCCUUUAUUAGCUGAACAGGAAGUGUUGAAGAUCGUGCCGCCCGCCUACAUCAUGACCUGUGAGCAUGACGUUCUGAGAGAUGAUGGACUGAUGUACGCCAAACGAUUGGAGGAAGCUGGAGUGCCUGUUACUGUUGAUCACUAUGAAGAUGGUUUUCAUGGAUGCAUGAGUUUUGCUUUCGGGUCCUCUCCAUUUGAGGUUGCAGUGCGAAGUUUUGGGAACUACAUGAAGUGGUUGAAGGAGAACCUGUAGCAGAGGUUUUUUAUUUAUAUAGAGACAAGAUGUUUCCCUUAUUAAAUAUAUGCUGGUGUUUUUUUUCCAUUUUUCUGCAUUUGAAGACAUGUACAAGAAGAUGUGAAAUUACAGGAUAUUAUUGUUACAGUCUAGAAUGACACACAUUGCCAAAUAAGGUAUGUUGUCCACUUGUUUUUUUUAAACUUUAAUUGCACAUUGUGGUGAAAAUGAAAUAGAAAACAAAAAUGAAUGUAAAAAUAAAAUAAAUGUGAAAAUUUAAUGAAAUGGCAAAACUACUGAAACAAAGGUAAUGUAAUUCCACACAUUAAAAUCAUGUUUUCUACAGUGGACAUGUCAUAAAAAAAAUUUUUAUUCUUUGCAAUGUGUUUGUUACAACCCAACACUUAAUUUAAAAAAUAAAAUAAAAUUCUGAAA